CAAUUCCCACUUGCAUUGUGACCUGCUGAAUAGGGUUUGCAUCAUAUUGGACCGCAUUCCCGCCACCUCGUGAAACCGCUUUCUGACGGAGCGCCUCAUUGAGGACCUAGUCUCUGCCCUUUGUAGAAUGCCAUAAUUACUUAACUCAAAAUAUUUGUUGCAUAACUCCGUUCGCCAGUCCUGCGGCCAGCUCGGCCGCCGCAAAGUCACGAGAGUUAAUUUCUACGAAGCGCGGUCUGCCCAGUAUUCGUGACCGUUAGUCCUAAAAUGCUUAGAACGGGAAUGUCUUCGCUCCUGGGGAGGCAGCACGCCGGGCGGAGCAUGGUUUGCCGCCAGGCACUCCGGCCAGCCGCUGGAGGGCACCGCAGGGGAGCCAGUCCCCAGCUUCUGCGCUCGCAACCAAGGGGUGAAGAGUCUGCGCCCAGCGCAACGCCCAGCGGCUGGGUAUCCUUCUUCGCCACCUGCCACCCGGGCCUGGAGCAGGUGGUGGCCAAUGAGCUGUUGUCACUGGGGUUCAGGGGCGUGGAGCCCGGCAGGGCCGGAGUGUCGUUUGUCGCGCGGCGGCUGUCGGACGGCUACGCCGCGAACCUGCACCUGCGCGCUGCCAUCCGCGUGAUGGCGCUGUUGGCAGAGGGGGAGCUGGGGGCUGACCCACAAGCGGGGAAGCGGGGAGGACAGGCGCUGUACGACAUGGUGUAUGAGGCGGCGCCCUGGCACGACAUCAUCCCGCGCGGCGCCUCAUUCAGCGUGGAGCCGCGCCUGUGGAGCUGCACCGACAUCUCCACCACGCAGCUGGUCUGGUCGCGUGUCAAAGACGCCGUGUGCGACAACAUCCGGCAGCACAGGUCGGACAAGCCGGCGCCGCCUGAGAAGGGCAAGGUGGCGGACGUGCCCUUGUACGUCACCUGCUACAAGGACCACAUCAAGGUGUAUCGUGACAUGAGCGGCGAGUCGCUGCACCGGCGCGGCUACCGGGAUGUGAUGCACCGCGCGGCGCUGAAUGAGGCGGCGGCAGCGGGCGUUCUGCUCAUGUCGGGCUGGCGCCAGGCGCUGGAGGAGGCAGGAGACGGCGAGGGCCUGGUCCUGGCUGACCCCAUGUGCGGCUCAGGCACUCUGCUGAUUGAAGCGGCGCUCAUGGCGCGCGACAUCGCCCCGGGGCUCACGCGCUCCCUCAAGCUGCCCCCCGCUCCCACGGCCUCCUCGAGCUCCUCAGGCUCCUCUGCGCCUCGCGGCGGCGGCGGCGGCGGCGGCGGUGGCGGCGGCACGAGGCGCGAGGCUCCGCUGGCCGAGGGCGCCUGGCCGUUCCAGCACUGGGGCGACUACGACUCAGCGGCCUGGACGGAGCAGGUGGAGGCGGCGAGGGCGCGCGUGCGGCCGCCAUGGCGCGGCCGCCUCGUUGGCAUCGACGUUCACGAGGGCGCCCUUGGUCUAGCGGAGCGGCAAGCGCGCAAGGCGGGUGUGUACAACAUGCUGGAGCUCAGCCUGGCGGACUGCGGGCAGGUGGAACUGCCGGAGCCGCCCACACACGUGGUGUGCAACCCGCCCUGGGGCUCCCGCCUAGACGGCAGCAGCGGCAGCAGCAGCAGCAGCAGCGGCAGUAGCAGGAGCAGGAGGGUAUGGUCGGAGGGUCGCGACGACUGGGGCGAGGGCGGCGAUGGGGAGGAGGCGGAGGCUGAGGAGGAGUUCGGCGGGAGUGCCAGUGGGGGCAGUUUCAGGGGGCGGUACGAGCGUGCAGGGCCGGCAGCGGCGGCGGUCGCGCCGUCACCUGAGGGCGAGGACGCGUUCCUGGCUGCGGCGUGGAAGAGCCUGGACGGGUUCCUAUACCGGCAGUGCCCAGGCGCAUCCGCCUCCGUUAUCUCCGGCAACCCCGACCCCUUCAAGUACCUGAAGCUCAAGCCGCAGUCCAAGCACCGCCUGACCCUCAGUGGAAUGGAGGUUCAGGUGGCCGGGUACCAGAUACGCGACCUCGCGAGCCGCGCGGCAGCCGCUGCCGGGCCCCGGUUCGCGCCAGUGGAGGCGUCUGGACGAGACAGGCGUGGCGCUGCUUCCCGCGCCGGCGAUGAUGAGGCAGCGGCGGCCACCGCGGCGGCGACCAGCAGGCCCCAUGACAGCGCCGCGGAUGAGGUGCGGGAGGAGCAGGAGGAGCAGGAGCAGGGGGCGCCCAGGCGAGUGCUCACGCCCCGGGGACACGGCCAGCAGGAUAGCGAUGGGCAGCAGAGCUCGCCGCGUGCGACCUUCCGUCCUGUCGCAGCUUCAGCGGCCGCCGCGGCCUUAGGGUCUGCCCGUGCGCGGGCCACCGACAGGCGCAGGACGGCAGGCACCGCUACGCCGGCGGCCGCUCCGGCAGCAGCCGACGCGAUGCCGCCAGCUGCCAAUGUUCCAGACGCAUACGCCGAUGAUGGGUACUGGGAGAGCUAGUUGUUGGUGGGGCAGGGGCCUGUGCGCUGUAGGGCCGAAGCGGCGUUGGCAAGCAGGUGUGAUGCGUACGUAGCCCCGACCCUGGCGGUGGACCAGGAGGCGGCGCACGCCAGGACGGGAGCGGCGGAGGAGGUGGAGGAGGACGCAGGCGCGCGCGCCCGGCGCAGCGCUGCGAGCGGCGGCGGCAGCGGCGGCGGCAGCGGCGGCGGCAGGUGCUGCCGCCGGCGCUGCUGCUGCAGGUGCUUUGCAGCAGGGCGGCGGCGCGUAUGGCCAGAGAAGAGAGUUUUUGUAAAUAUGCCCCCGUACAUCCCGCCACCGAUCCCAAGUGGUCACAACGCAUGGGGCGAAGGCGGUCCCGUCGCUGGAUGCUGGCGGCUCAGUGCGGGUGGCGCGCGGCCCCUGGGCGAUAGGGGGGACCCAGGAGGCCACGGUGCUGUGAAGUGCGUUUGUAGUGAGCCGUUUGGUGGGAGCUUCCAUCUCAGUGAGGCGCAGCGUGUUAAGGGUUCCCUCUGCGGGUAUGCUUAUCGAAGAUGCUUACGUGCUUCGUACGUCUUUGGGGCUCUAACUCUGUCCAUGACCGUCACCUUGCAUGUAACCUCUUUCGCUA